GUCGCGCCCGCGGCCGGCCGGGCGGGGCGGCGCUGAGGGCGAUAAAAAGGCCGCGCGGCGCCCGCGCCGUCUCCUCUCCGCUCCGCUCCGGGCUGCAGCGCUCCUCACGGGUGGGCGGCACCGGGGAGGGCGGACCGGGACCUCCGGGGCGGCGGGAUGGCGGCGGCGGCGACGUGUGCACCCCCGGCCAGGCCCAGCCUGACAUCCAUCUCGUCGGGGGAGCUGCGCAGCUUGUGGACGUGCGACUGCGAGCUGGCCCUGCUGCCCUUGGCCCAGCUGCUGCGCCUGCUGCCCGGCGCCCUCCAGCUGCGCGGGGACCAGCUCGCCGUGCCCGGGUCCGGGGAGCCGGCUGCCACCAGCGGGGGCUUCAACGUCUUCGGCGAUGGUCUUGUGCGCCUGGACGGGCAGCUCUGCCGCCUCGGCCGCUACAUAAAGAGAUAUGUGGAACUGACCAACUACUGCGAUUAUAAAGACUACAGGGAAACUAUACUGAGCAAACCGAUGCUGUUCUUUAUUAAUGUACAGACCAGAAAAGACAUCUCAAAAGAAAGAACAUAUGCCUUCCUUGUGAACACAAGGCACCCCAAGAUAAGACGACAGAUAGAGCAAGGGAUGGAUAUGGUCAUUUCCUCAGUGAUUGGAGAAAGCUAUCGGCUCCAGUUUGAUUUUCAAGAAGCAGUAAAGAAUUUUUUCCCUCCGGGAAAUGAGGUGGUUAAUGGAGAAAAUUUGAGCUUUGCCUAUGAAUUCAAAGCUGACGCAUUAUUUGAUUUCUUCUAUUGGUUUGGGCUCAGCAAUUCCACUGUAAAGGUGAAUGGAAAAGUUCUGAAUUUGUCAAGUACAAGACCAGAAAAGAAGGAGACAAUUAAAUUAUUUCUGGAAAAAAUGAGUGAACCAUUAAUUCGAAGGAGCAGUUUCUCUGACCGAAAAUUCAGUGUAACUUCUAGAGGUUCAGUAGAUGACGUUUUUAACUGCAGCCUGUCACCCAGAUCAUCUUUGACGGAGCCUCUCUUGGCAGAAUUACCGUUUCCAAGUGUUCUGGAAUCUGAAGAGACACCUAACCAAUUUCUCUGAUUGGACUGAACAUGUCUAGUUCCUCCUACACUCCAGGCCAACUGAAGGUUGAGGGGAGGAGCGGGGAGGUGGGAGGCAGGCCUUCCACCCUCUGGUCCACCCCUCUGCUUCUCCAAGAGAGCGCUCCUCUCACAUUUCCCUGGGUGCUGCCUUGCCCUGGCAGGCUCCAUGUAGCUGACUUCAGGAUGGCCGGGCACUGGCCCCAUGGCUGGGUAUCCCCGCCUUUGAACACUUCUCCAAAGAGGUAGAGGGACCAGUGGGGUCCUGCCACCCUGAGUGCUUUGUGUAGAACCUUGGCACCCAGGGAGUUUCUUUGGCAGUCUCUGUAGGACCAGUCUGAUAUGGGCUUUGACCAUGAUGCUUCAUAAGUCACAGUUUGGCCCUCUGCUUGGGACACCCUUGUCUGAACCCGAACUUAGCCAGCACGGUAUUAGCUGUGCUGUUCUUUUGCAAACUUGGCUGGCACCUUUCACUGGAAGGCAAAUGUAUUUCUCAUCCUGCCUUAGGAGAACUAUUCUAGGUAAGGUUUACUGGCGAUUAGCCAGGUUGGCUGGAUGGCAGCCCUGCCACCUGCUGCCUAAAAUUUGAACUCCCUUGGCCUCCCUCUUAACAAAGUGGCUGAUGUAGAAAGAGGCCAAGUGAUGUGCAAUGAAACAGUGACAGGGGAAGGAUCAUGAUUAUAGCAGUGUCCUCUUUCUAUACAGAAAUGAUAUGAAAGCACAUUAUGUCAGUUGGGUAUUAUUAUUAUUAUUUACUUUUUUAUUGAAUUUAUGAGGGUGACAGCCUAUCUAAUAAAAGAGUAAUAUGCAUGUUGACCAUCACUCCAGCACACAAGAUGGGGGUGACCAGGCCUGCAGGGGAGGGCAGUUAGGGGCAAUCAGGCCAGAAGGGGAGCAGUUAGGCAUUGAUCAGGCUGGCAGGGGAGUGGUUAGGGGCAAUCAGGCAGGCAGGCAGAUGAGUGAUUGGGAGCCAGCAGUCCUGGAUUGUGAGAGGGAAGUCUGACUGUAGGCCCGAUAUGGACACAAGAUGGCUGGCAGGGGAGGGAAGUUGGGGGGACCCAGGCCUGCAGGGGAGGACAGUUGGGGGGGGGACCAGGUCAGCAGGGGAGAGCAGUUAGGGACAACCAGGCCAGCAGGGAGGGCAGUUGGGGAUGACCAGACUAGCAGGGGAGGGCAUUUCAGGGCGACCAGGCUGGCAACAAAGGGCAGUUAGGGGUGACCAGGUCAGCAGGGGAGGACAAUUGGGGGUGACCAGGCCUGCAGGGGAGGGCAGUUAGGGGCAAUCGGGCCAGCAGGGGAGCAGUUAGACAUCGAUCAGGCUGGCAGGGGAGUGGUUAGGGGCAAUCAGGCAGGCAGGCAGAUGAGUGAUUGGGAACCAGCGGUCCUGGAUUGUGAGAGGGAUGUCUGACUGUAGGCCUGAUCCCGGGCUGUCAGACAUCCCUCGAGGGGUCCCAGAUUGGAGAGAGUGCAGGCUUGGCUGAGGGAUACACAACCCCCAUGCACAAAUUUCGUGCACUGAGCCUCUAGUUGGUUAAUAAAAUGAUAUAGGUUUCAGGUGUACAAUUCUAAUAUACAUCAUCUCUAUAUUGUAUUGUGUGUUUACCACUCCAAAUGAAGUCUCCUUCCAUCACCAUUUAUACCCCUAAUACUAGUUGGUAUUUUACAUAAGCCUUUAACAAUCCUAACACUAAGAGCAAAAUAAAAGAAAGCUACAACAUUACCACAAUACAUUGUUAAAUCAAUCCAUUUCUCACCUAUAGCUACAAUGGAAUUCUUCAAAAAGAAAAAAAGAUCCUAUCUAAAUAUAAAAGCUGAUUGAGUAAAUCAUUCCAUAUGCUUAUAAUGAGAAAUACUUAUGAAUCCUGAGUAUAAUUUUUCUAUCCUUGAAAAAAAGUCCUGGUAUUUCAAUAGCAUUACCAAUUAUCUUUUUUACAUUUGAAAUGUUAUGUACUAUCUUUGUGCAAUUAAAACUUUCUUAUAAUUCAA